GUUAAGUUGCAUACAACUUAGGUUACGUGUCCACCUCAGAUUUUUAGAGCAAUAUUUCAAUUUAUUUCCGAGUAAAUAGAUGUAAACUGAUGAGAAUAUAUCUGCUGUAUGUAUCCGAAGUAUGUAUGCGUUUUUUCAUUGUAGAUAUGCAUAUUUCAAAUACACAAGACAAAUAUACUCUUGCUUUUGCAUAUCCAUUCCCCUCGUAAAUUAAUCGAAAUAUCGUUCUAAAAAUCACAAGUGGACGUCUUCCCCUACGUCCUGCAAUACUAUUCGCGCGGUGAUCACAGUAUCCAUGUUUCGUAGUUCACUUCAGUUGCAACUGGAAAUCUAUUGACCCAAUAUGGAAGCCACUCCAGAUAUUUUCAAGAUUAUUAAUGCUUCCUUUUCAUAAGUUGCAGGAUAUUCGCCGGCUUGGCAGAUGCAGUGAAUUGGAAUACUCCUUAGCCUACAGAGUUUAUAUCCAUCUGUGCGAAGAACGACAUCUUUGGGACGUCCAGUACCGCUUCUCGGAGGCGCUUAAGAAAAUUUACCUCAAGGCCCGCAAACGCAAGGACUCCCCUGAGGAAAUCUACAUCCCUGUGCUGUCGUCCGAGGAUCUUCCGCUGGCAACCAUUUCACGCUGUCAGCAAGAGCUGGUCCUUGGCACCGAAGACGAAAAUGCCCAGCGAAGCAUCAUACUGGCGAUUUGUGAUCCUGGUUCCUCGGUGCUGCUGUACAGAAUGACGAACGCGAUGAAAGCCCUCUCCAGCAAACCACUGUCGAAAAAUAAGAUGCUGAAACAGAAAGCUAACGCUGAAGUUCAAAUAAAUGAAGAGAAGUGAUAAACCAAAAAGGCUUUCGGGAUUAGUUUUAGUCUUACCAUUAAUUGCUCCCCGGGGGUGGGGCGUAUUUGGCUUUAAUUACAGAAUAAGCAGUAUUAAUAUAUUUAUAUCGUUUUCUCGAUUCUUAAA